GGUUCGGCGGCCGGGCACGGGCGGGAGUAGGUGGUUUCGGGGCGGAGAGUCACAUGAAGCGUCUCGGUGCUGUGGCAGGAGGCGAAAAGCUGCAGAUAGUGAAUUCCUAAGAAGAAAACAAUGGAUUGGGUAUCAGUUGUUCUCUAAGUAUUUGGACUCAACAGCGUGCAGGUUUGUUGCAAAGGCCAAAAGAAGAUGGCAACUCCUUAUGUCCCAGUUCCUAUGCCCAUAGGAAACUCUGCUUCCAGUUAUACAACCAGCAGAAAUCAAAGAAGUUCCUCUUUUGGCAGUAUCUCAACAACCUCAGACUCUUCCAAAGGCCAGUUAGAAGACUCAAAUAUGGGUAAUUUUAAACAGACAAGUGUUCCUGAUCAAAUGGAUGGUACUUCAUCUGUCUGUAGCAGUCCCCUCAUUAGGACUAAAUUUACAGGUGCAGAUUCUUCCAUUGAGUAUUCUACUAGACCAAGAGAAACCGAGGAACAAAAUCCUGAAAGAGUGAAUUGGGAAGAUAGGCCAUCUACACCUACUAUACUGGGGUAUGAGGUGAUGGAAGAAAGAGCUAAAUUUACUGUAUAUAAAAUACUAGUAAAGAAAACCCCAGAAGAAAGCUGGGUAGUUUUCAGAAGAUACACUGACUUCUCUAGGCUUAAUGACAAAUUAAAAGAGAUGUUCCCAGGCUUUCGAUUAGCACUUCCACCAAAACGCUGGUUUAAAGAUAAUUACAAUGCCGACUUUUUAGAAGAUAGACAAUUAGGAUUACAAGCAUUUCUUCAAAAUUUAAUAGCUCACAAGGACAUUGCUAACUGCCUGGCAGUGAGAGAAUUUCUUUGUCUGGAUGAUCCACCAGGUCCAUUUGAUAGUCUAGAAGAAAGCAGGGCUUUCUGUGAAACUUUAGAAGAGACUAACUACCGCUUACAGAAAGAACUCCUGGAAAAACAAAAGGAAGUAGAAUCGCUAAAGAAACAGCUCAGUGAGAAGGAACUUCAUAUAGACACGUUAGAGAACAGACUCAGAACUUUGUCUUUAGAACCUGAAGAGUCACUGUAUGUGUCAGGAGCAGAAAGAGGACAGAUCCUAAAGGUGGAGUCCUCUGCACUCGAGGUUGAUCAAGAUGUCCUGGAUGAAGAAUCUAGAGCUGAUAAUAAACCGUGCUCAAGUAGUGAACCUGAAAAUGUCAUAUCAGAAAUAGAAGUAGCAGAAGUGGCAUAUGAUGCUGAAGAAGAUUAAUAUAUCAUGAGCAGGUCCUUCCAUUUUGAUGGUUCAGCAGAUUUAGAAUAGAAUAGUAAAUACUAUUUAAAAAGAAAAAAAAGGACUGUAAAAAAUUUACAGACCAGAGCAAGAGUGCACAUGUAUAAAGUUUACAUAAAGUCUUUUAAGUUAUUGGGAUAAGAAAUAUAUUCACUGCUGCUUUUAUUUGUAUUUUUCCAACAUUGUAUUGAAUACACUGAAAAUAAUCUUGUUAGAAUUCUGUUGUCAAAGUCCACACUUAAGUACUGUGUAUAAAUUAUUAUGAUGUUUUACUUAUAAGUUGCUCAAAAUUAAUGUAUGAGUGUUUUAAAUCCUCAAUUAUAUUAAUCAAAUGGAAAUUAAUUGCAUGUUACUACCCAGGUGAUGUAGACUUCUUUGUAUCUCUGAUGUGUUGUGAUUUCAUUAAUGGUUUAAAUCAGUGAACAUCAUAGUAAAGGGAAACACGAACUGAGUUUUAGAUGUUGAUAUGUUCACCAUCACUAAAUAAAAAUGGCUUAUUUGAA